CUGGCGGAGCCGGCCGGGGGCGCGCGAAGCUGAGCGGGGGCGCGCUGAAGCGGGUCUGACUGACGGACUGACUGAGAGCGGAGCGAGCUAGAGGAGCUCCGGUGGAGACUCGGACCCGGCACCGGGAUUCCGGAGGCUACGGUCAGGAGCAGGAGCAGGAGCAGAAGAAAAAGGCUUCUAGGUGGACGAGAGUCCACCAGUCGCGGCUCCCGCUCCUCCUCAUCCUUCUCCUCCGGCGGCCGCCCUCGCUCCCUGCCUCCCUCCGCCCCAUGGGGUAACAGAUGACACUGAGGAUCCAAGAAGUUAAGGGAUCUACUAGCUAUGUGACUAUUGGCAAAUAUCAGAGCUGGGGUUUGAAUCCAGGUCUACUGAUUCCAAGUUGAGUGUUCUUAUCACUUCAGGAGACUGCCUCAUUAUACACCACGACAUUUUGAAGAACUCCUCAGAGAUUAUUACUAGGAGCAUUUUUCCUUGAUGUAUUAAAAAAUGUAUUAUACUACUGUGACACACUGAAACAGCUAAAGAAACAGUUUUCAACUUUGGAUUUAUAGAAAAAAACCCCACAGAUUUCCAAAUGAAUAACAGAAAGGAAGAUAUGGAGAUUGCCUCCCAUUACCGUCAUCUUCUUCGUGAGCUCAAUGAGCAGAGACAGCAUGGAAUCCUCUGUGAUGUUUGCAUUAUAGUAGAGGGGAAGAUCUUUAAAGCCCACAAAAAUGUUUUGCUUGGGAGCAGCCGCUACUUCAAAACGCUGUACUGCCAGGUACAGAAGACUUCUGAUCAAGCUACAGUUACUCAUUUAGACAUUGUCACUGCACAGGGCUUUAAAGCUAUCAUUGACUUCAUGUACUCUGCCCACCUUGCUUUAACCAGCAGGAAUGUUAUUGAAGUGAUGUCAGCUGCUAGUUAUCUUCAGAUGACUGAUAUUGUACAAGCCUGUCAUAAUUUUAUAAAAGCAGCUCUAGAUAUAAGCAUAAAGUCUGAUGCAUCUGAUGAACUUGCAGACUAUGAAAUUGGGGCUCCUUCCAGCAGUAGUACUGAUGCAUUGAUUUCAGCAGUAGUAGCUGGUAGGAGUAUUUCUCCAUGGUUAGCUCGGCGAACAAGUCCAGCAAAUUCCUCUGGAGAUUCAGCCAUUGCCAGUUGUCAUGAAGGAGGAAGCAGCUAUGGGAAAGAGGAUCAGGAACCAAAAACAGAUAGUCAUGAUGACAUUUCAUCACAGUCUUUGUGGACUAGUGACAUGGGAUAUGGAUCUUUACGUAUUAAAGAAGAACAAAUUUCACCAUCACAUUAUGGUGGAAAUGAAUUGCGUACUGUUAAGGAUGGUUCAGUACAGAACACUUUCUCAGAACAAGUCAUAGGGGAUGGUUGGCAACCAUCAGGCCGUAGGAAGAAUCGAAAAAACAAAGAAACUGUACGUCACAUUACCCAGCAGGUAGAGGAUGACAGCCGCGCAAGUUCUCCAAUGCCAUCUUUUUUAUCUUCUUCAGGAUGGCCAUUUAACAGUCGUGACCCAAAUGCUGACUUGACAGUGACAGAACCCAGCAGCUCUGAUAGCCGGGGGGAGAGAGCUGACCUCUAUGCAAAUGCUGAUGAGGCCCUCCUUGGAGGAGAAGCUAGCUACCUGUCUCAACCCCUCACCCCAGAGAAGGAAGAUGCACUGCACCAGGCUACAGCUGUUGCUAAUUUACGGGCGGCUCUCAUGAGUAAAAACAGCUUGUUGUCUCUCAAAGCAGAUAUGCUAGGAGAUGAUAGCUCUCUGCUGUUUGAAUAUUUGCCCAAAGGCACACAUUCAUUAUCUCGGCCUGGCACCAACUUGAAUCGUUCAUGGGGCGAAUUUGAUAGCAAAGUGGAAGCAUCAUCUCCCCAGCUGCCUUCAUCACACCUUUCCAAUCAGAGCCCCCCUGGGAUCUACCAUUCUGGUGAAAUGUCACCAGAAACUAUGAUCAAGGGAGAGAUGCCUCCUUCAGCUCAGGCCACCUGUAAGGGGCUUUUCACCAUGUGGCAGCUGGACACUGACACAGAUCUAAGUGCAUCAGGAUCCGAAGAUGUCUGUUUAAACUCCAAAACCCUCUUUCUUGAUCCUGGCUUGAAUCAGAGAACACUGUGUGGCUUCUGUGGGAGGGUUCUGGCCAGUCCAGAAAAGCUAAGGGAGCACAUCCAGAAACAUGCCUUUUCUAUGUUUCUCCCAAUUGACUUGACUGAUUAUUCUCGACCUCUCAUCAGUAGUUUGGCUGAUAAUGUACAGCCAGGUCAGCUUGACCGUUUCCAGUGCUCCAGGUGCCCAGCCAGCUUCACCUUGAAGUCCAAUAUGGAUAGACAUGAAAAAACAAUUCACUGCAACCACAAGAAGAUGCAGUGCUCUUGCUGUUUAAAGUUAUUUCGGGACAAGACAGACCUGAACCGACACCUUUUAUCAGUGCACUCAAGAGAACGUUCUUUUAUGUGUCUCUUCUGUGGCAAGGGUUUUGGUACCCAGAAAAACCUUACUACCCAUGUCAAAGUGUGCUACGUGGGCCCUUCCCAGGCAGUGGCAGAAGAGCUUUCGGCUAUCAUAGAACCAGAUGAGGAAAAUAGUUGAUUAACAAAAUGAUGACAGGGGAAGUCAGAAAAUAGCAAGUCUGGUGGGAGAUGAACCUGAAGCUUGCCUUAUUACUUUUAAAUGAUUAGCUUUCUAUUUUGCAACUUUAUAUUCAGCUGAACCAUGUUUGUCAUUAAGGGAAAACAAUAAAUGCUCACAUGGUGGAUCAGGAGUUCCUUUGGCUCCAGAUGCCCGAGUUUAAAUUGAAUAACAAUCAGCUAGGAUCUCCAGCCAAGCUACUUUGUUAAGGUCGGACUCAUCUAAAAGGAUCUGAAAAUGUGACUUCAACUGUGGGAGUGGUGUGGAUCCCAGUCCCUUUGAUCUUUGUAUUUAAAAGUCCCAUCAUAUCCUGGAAAACCAGGAGAAUAGAAAAUAACCAAAGUGUAUUAAUUUUGUGAAUGUAUUUAUAUAUGAGAUGUCCUUUGUAUUUGAAGAUAUUGUUGGCAAUGAUAUCUGACUUGUUGUGACUGAGAAAACCUCUUAAGAUCCAAAAGCCUUUCCCAAACUAUUCAUAUCAGAAUAUUUCUGAUAAUGGUUCUUUGGGUUCUGUUUUUUGUUAGCUAUGGUUCUAUUAAAUUGUUGUCCUGUUCAUUUAAGACAGGAAUUGCAUAUCCUUCGAGCCUGGAAGGAGUCCAGAGUAAUGGUUUACAUUUUCCUAAAAACAGCCUCCACAGUACAGGGGAACCCUGGAAAAAAUCCAGGAUAAAUUGUUGUAUGUGCAUUUUUCAAGGGGGGUUAGGAUACUAUUAGAUCUGGUUAUCUUUCCCUACAACUUUCCAAUAUAUACUUCUUUCCCACCUUCCCUUAAUUUUCCUUUCCUGCUCACAUAAUCAAACUCUCUUAUUUUCCUUUCCUCUUUCCCUCCUUUCUUCCAUCAACUUGACCACAACUAUGAUGAUAUGAUGAGAAGUAGCAUCUAUAUAGUACUUUAAGGUUUGUAAAACAUUGUACAUGUUAUCUUAUUUAAUUCUCAAAAUAAUCCUAUUUAGUAGGUGCUUUUAUUAUCUCCAUUUUAUAAAUGAGGAAACUGAGGCUGAGUAAGGUUAAAUGAUUUGCCCAGGGUCACACAGUUAGUAGUGUCUGACAGGAAUUUAAUUUAGGUCUCUUUGACUCCAAGGCCCAAUACUUGUACCCACUACAUCACCUCAUUGCCUUUGCAGGGAGAUCUUUCCAACACUUGGCCUCAGGGCCCAGAGUUUUAAUUUAUGCCAUGAUUCCUGGGCUAAUUCAUGCUAUCUAUAGAAUGCCUGAUUUUUGAGCUCAGGUCUUUUCUAGUACAGAGAGAUUAUCUGAAAGUGGGUAGAGGGGAAUGCUUGACUUUUUUUUUUUUCAAAUUCUCUCCUUUGUACUUCUUCCAAUUUAUUACAAUAUUUGACCAAAAAUGAUCAUGGGGUAAUGGUCUCUUUAUAUGUUGAAAUGAACAGUAUUUUCAAUCUUCCUAUGGUUUUGAAAUUUUUCUUUAAUUCAGAUUAAAUGCCUUCAGAGGUUUGAAGCCAAUUAUGCAGAGGGAGAAGCUUUAAUUUUUUUUUCUGUAGAGUUGUUUUACCCCAUUGCCUCAGAUAUUAUGAUCCUAUUCUACACUAAUCACAUAACCCUGUUCUGAAGCAUAAAUUUGAGCAUUCUCAGGGAGGGAAAACAAACUAUACGCCAAACAAGAGUAGUGGCACUAGUCUGUCGCUGAAGGAAAAGUAAUUAUUAGAGGUUAAAACUUUUCCUUUUUUUUUUUAUUCACAUGGAAGAUUUAAAGUAGGAAAUCUAAUGAUAAUGAGGGUAGAAUGGAGGCAUUAUAAAUUAAUUGUCCUCAGGCUUGCUCCCAAAUGGCAUUUUCUUCCUAUCAGUUGAGUUUUUCAUUACCAUGUGAAGUGAUCUCCAUGUUCUCAGUAAUAAAUGUUGUAUUGAUUUUCCAAAAUAGUUUAAAAUUUUGUAGCUCAACUGAACUUAAAAAGAUAAAUGAGUAGGUUCGUGAUGUUAGGAGAAGGACAAAGAUUUAAGGCACAGAUCCCACAAUUCUGUUAACCAGUUAAAACAUUAGAAUCACCUAUCUCAUAGACAUUAAUGUAGGACCAGUUAGUUAUUUGUCUUCUGUACUUCAGUUCUGUUGAAUUUCAUUCUCUAAGGCAUUAAAUUUUAGAGUUUGAUUUUAAAGAGAAUCUAUUUUUCAAUAUGCAUUUGAGUAUUUUUAGAAAAUUGGAAAGUGGCUUUUUUCUCAGGGAUAAAAUUAAGAAGAAUAAUAUAACUUAAGUGUAUUUAUUACCACAAAGUUUGUUUCAGCUUCUGAUAAUAACAAUCCUAUUUAUACAACAUCUAGAGGCACCAUAAUGACAAUAGAAGAAGAGUUGGGUUUAGAACUUGGGAUUUAAGGAGAACCUGGUCUUAAAUCCCAGUUCUUCCACUUACUAUUUCUCAGAGUUUUGGGCAAGCCACUUAAUCUUUCUAAUCUCAGGAUUCCUCAUCUGGCAAAUAAGGAGGUUAACUGUAAGAUCCUUCCAAUUUUAUAUCUAUGAUGAAAAGUUUACAAAUCUCUUCACUCACAAUAAUCCUGUGCUGGUAGGAGGGUCUAAGGAUCUCCACUGUACAAAUGAAAUUCAACAAAUUUUAAUAAUUUGCCAAUAGUCAUUUCUUUUAAAUUAUCCACUAUUUUUGUCAAAGUUGAAUCCAAAGGCCUUAGAUGCCUACUCUUCCUUGAUACUGAAAAGAUGAUAGUUCAUACUGAGAUUUUCAUGCUUAACAUUUUAAAGUCUUUUUUCUGGCACAAAUUAAUCUAAUUACAACUGAAAGCUUUUAGACUGGAUUUUAAAACCACAACAAUAAUAUAGCACCUUAAUGUUUACUAUGCACUUUCUUGACAAUGUCACUGAGAGUGAGGUGGAAUGUAAAUAUUAUUAUCCCCAUUUUAUAGAUAAGGAAAUUGAGCCACAGAGAGGUUAAGUGACUCCUGUAAUGUAAUAUACAUAGUGUGGAUCAGAGGCAGCACUUAAACUUAAAUUCUCUGACUCUUAAAAACAUGGUCUUUCCACUUCAACAUACAACUACCUCUCUAAUGCAAAUUUUAUGGUCAAGCAGGAAAAGUGCUACUGGGAGUAUAGAAACCUGGGUUUACUAUAUUGCUAUCAGUUUUUCUGGGCCUUCAUUUCUUUAUUGCAAAAUGGAAGCUGAAUUUCAUAAUCUCCAGAAUCCCUAAAUUCUGUUCCUUUUGGAUCUUGAUGACCAGUUGUCCACGAAUUGGUUUGAUAGCAAAUAAUGUAACUGGAGACAGGGUUGAGUUAUUUGUAUAAUAGCAACAAAGGCCAACAAGAAAUAGCUUGAGUGUGUAACAGCCUACAGAUUGGGGCUUUAUCCUUAAAAGGUAUUUAUGAAAGCUAAAGAGUCUAGAGAGAAAUUUUCCAUUGAUAUUUUGUAAUAUUUUGUUGAGAAGUCUUGAAGGUGUGGUCUGAUAGUUAUAGUAAGUAUAGUAAGAUUAAAAUCUUCAAGUUGUAAAGGGUUUGCUUAGAGGAAAUUCAUGUAGACAUGAAUUAUGUCUACAAUUUUGCUUAGAGGAAAAAAUUGUAGACAUAAUUCAUUGAUGCCUUGAAAUGUGCUACAUGAGUAAAUGUUUUCCUUCACAAGCGCUCAAAAUAUAUAUUUGAAAUAGAAGCACUUCAUUUGCAGGGAUUGUUUGGCAAAAUAUGGUAAUUCUUUGCCCUUUAAUAGAGAUUCCUUAGGAUCUUUAAUUUCUUAGUAGUGCCUUAAGUAAAGAUUCAGGGUUGACCAUUUCAUUCUAAGAGUGAGUGAUUUGUGUAAUAGUAUGGCAUCUUCAGCAACCAAGUACAUAAAAAAUAGGGCAAACAAGUUCUCUCAGAGAGGGUACCAGAAUUCUAUAUGGGAUAGAAACCUGGCUGCAGAAUUUGGGAAUUUUUUGCACAAAUAUCUCAGGACCUGUUGUCAGUUUGGGGAGGGAGAGAACUAAAUGUAUGGCUUUUGACAAGGGUUGAAUAUAUACAUUGAAUUUGGCAUUGACUACUAAAGCAAUAUUUCUGUAGAUGAAUUCUAAUUAUAGAUAAAUGUUACGAUCAAGCUUUCUUCAUUAGUUAAACUGAUGCCAAGCAAAAUGUGAUAUUUUUAUUAUUGAUUUGAAAAACUUAGGCUGAAUUAGACUGGAAAUUCUCUCUCUAAAAAAGAUUUUCUUAAAAUUUCUAAUAGAGCUACAUAUUUUAAUUUAGUACCUUAGAUUUCCAGGUGCUACAAUGAGUAAUUUAAAGGCUUUAAAAAGAUUUUGGUGACAUUCAUCUUUUUUUUUGUAUACUUUGGUGUUGCAUUAUUUGGUAUUUAAAAGUUUAUUUAUCUGUGUCUAUGAAAAUAAAACUAUGUGAUACACAGAUCUUUCUAAAAUACAUUGACUGUAAAAUAAUCUUUUAAAAGGUGGUGCUAAAUUAAUCUUAAAAUGCAUAAUCAAUUUUAAAUUACCUCAGUGAUCUUGGUAAUAUUAGUUGAGAAAAUACAAAAAUAGUUUAUUUUUGGAUACCUUUGUAAAAUGCAUGUUUUGAGUGUGAAGUAUUUCUAGUUUUUUUCAAUUCAGGAUUUUUAGGGAGGAAAUGCUAAAUUACCUCAUGCUAAACUUUGUCAGAUCAGUCAGUCAAUCAACAAAUAUUUGUUUACCUCAGAGGUCAUGCUCUGAUGUAGCUACUUUUAGGAAAUCAUAUUGAUGAUCCUAACUUUGUUAGGGGAAAAAAAACACUACUAUGUGAUUUUUUUUUCAGAUUUGUAUUACUUAAUGUUUAACAUAUUCUAAUUUUAUGAAAUUCAGAAACCUAAAACAUGCAAUAAUUUUAAAAUAUUUUUGUAUUUGAGUAUUUAUAAAAGUAGAAACAGAAAACAUGAAUCCCUUCCCUUACACUUGCAAGUCAAUUUUAAUAAAGUAACAAACUCUUUCUCUUGUUUUGCUUUUCCCGUCUGAAAGUGGAAAUUUGAGAAUUUGUUGCAUUAAAUAUUAUCUUUAGAUAAUUUAUGGUAUCAAUUUUUUGGUCAUCAAAUUAAGUUCAACAAGAGAUUAAAAACUGGGAAAAUGAAAGAAGAAAGAACAUUUAUGUUGCUUAUUUUAUCUUUAUAAAAGCAUGAGGUAGAGGUUACUAAUUCUUGGUUCAAAGUAUAAGAGGUUAUUUGAAUUUUUCUUUCUUGAAUAACAGGAAAAAAAACUAUUAUUGCUGAAUCAAGAAAAGAUGCACACUUUCUUGAGUGAUAAUAUACUAUUGUAUCCAUAAGAACUUUACAAAUAAAACUGGUAUUCAUGACAUUGUCCCAGAAAAUUUGCAGUAUAGUUAAAUCAUUUCAUCCCCCUGCAUAUGCUUUAUCCUACCUCCUAGCAUGGACACACUCCUACAUGUAUUUACAAAGUGUGAUCUAUCCAUUAAAGACGGAAGAAUAAAAUAAUACCUACAUAGUAACUUGGGUGCUCAAGUGGAGGAGCUCACUUUGUGAUGCUAAAUCUUGGAUAUUCUGAUAUGCUAAAAACCAGUGAGGCCUUCUUCUGUCAAUCAAUGAAAAACACUGAUAAUCCCCCAUCCCUAAACUGUUCAAUUAUUCUAACUUGAGUGGCUGUACUUUCUACUAGUAGUUAUUUGGCUACAACUAUUGUAUACAGGAUUUGGAUGUGAUGCGCUGCAUUAAAACUACCUUGCUGUCCCAUUUCUACUAUUCUACAUUGUGGUGGAAUACGUAGAGAAUAGAAAUUGGACAGUAUAGGACUUUUUCUUGAGAAUCUUUGGAAGAUGGAGGGGUGGAUUCUUUAUUAUUGCUUGGGAUUAGCCAUCCAUCUAAUUUACACUAAAUAAAUGCCCUCCCACCUCUAUCCCCAUUACUAUGUCUUCUGUGAAAGCAAACUGGAUUAUGUGUAAGAUGGCAUUACUUGGAAACUGUUUAUCUAUGUCCUUAAAAUUAAGUCCUGGGGUUUUGAUAAAUGAACUCAAACUAGUUCUUCCAAAAGAAUUUGGGCUUACUUGGGAGAAGUUUGGAUCCACUAAAAUGUUAUUCAUAUUGAAGAACUCCUUCAGAAACAAACAAUUGGGUACAAAAACAUGAAGUGACUAAGCUGUGCUUACUUCUUUUAAAUAUCUUAUAACAUUAUAAAUGUCUCCAAUGCUAACAUGGGCUAUACUGACCUAUAUUCACUUCACCUCAUAUGCUUAUAACUGGCUGCCUUCUGUAGAUUGCCUAGUAAUUGAUUCAUGGUGAGCCAUGGGAUAUGCCAGAAUACAAUGUUUUUGUUCAACCCAUUGUUAGAUGUCUUUCCUAGCUGGCUUGUGAAUGAUCAUCAGACACAGAUUUUAGUUUCAUGCUGUUUAAACUUGCUGAUGGGUUUCCUAAAGUGUCUUCUUUAAACACAUACAAAACAGGGCAAGUUGAUUAUUUAGAUUUAAUAUGAGACAAGAUCUUAAAACAAAGCACUCCACAUUUUGUUUAAGUCACAGCAUAAAAUAAGUCAUGGUUCAUAGAUUUUUACAUACAUUUGAUCAAAUGGCUUUCACAGUCAGGAAAGUUAUGUGGUGGUAGGAUAAUCAAGUGCCUAAAAAAAAACCUUAGUAAUUAAUAUAUACUAAAUAAUAGGAAAUCAAACAUCUUGGGUACUAGAAUAUCCUUUUAUUGAUAAUAAUUGGUGGCCAGGUCUCCAGAGUUAGAAGUACUAGAGCUAUAAAUGUAGACUAUUAAGCUCUUUAGAAUUUUUUAUACAUGUGGCUUUGCUUGUGAUAAAAGGCACUCAUUUCUAAGUUGAAGAGAGCUUUCAAAGAGUCUAAGCUGCUAAUGAAAACCUAUUAGGAAAGCAAAGGAUGAAUUCUCCCUGUGCAACAGGAGAACUGUUCGGUUCUGCAAAUAUGUGUUGUAUCUAGGAUAUACUGCAACAUAUUUAACAUAUAUAGGACUGCUUGCCAUCUUGGGGGGGGGGGGCUGUAGGGAGGGAGGGGAAAAAAACGAAACAUAAGCGACUGCAAGGGAUAAUGUAAAAAAUUACCCUGGCAUGGAUUCUGUCAAUACAAAGUUAUUAUUAAAUAAAAUAAAAUUUAAAAAAAAAAAGAAAAGAGAGAAAAAAAAAAAGGAAAGCAAAGGAUGUAAGGUGAGCAGUUUCAUUUGUACAUUUUACAUUUUUUCUUAGCAUUUUUCCUAGUGAACCAGUUUAAGAAGCAAGUUAAUGUCCUGAGUUUUUUUUAAAACUAUAACAUACCUCUAGAUUUUUCUUUUCAAUUCAUUUGAACAAAGAUUUCGCAGCAUAUAUCACCGUACUAGAAUAUACAGUGAAACUCACUGUACUAGGCUAUAUAGUGAAUCACACAGGACUCUUCUUCAGUUUGUGAAUUAUUAGGUUCUUUUGUUCUCACUCAUGGUGUUUGCCUUUGGACUACUCAAUUG